UGUUCAUGCAGUUGACUGAUGUCUAUACACUGUGGAAGACCAAUAAGAUUGAUAUGGUGGUGUGGCUGGUGACAUUCGCAUGUACCAUCCUGCUCAACCUGGACAUUGGCCUGGCUGCUGCCGUUGGCUUUUCCUUGUUUGUUUACAUCAUCAGAUCACAACUACCUCGCUACUAUAUCUUGGGUCUUGUGCCAGACACAGCCUUGUAUCUUGACAUAGAAACCUACAAGGAGGCUAAAGAGAUUCCUGGAAUUAAAAUCUUCAGUACAUCUGCAACUCUGUACCACAUAAAUGCUCAGAGGUUCACGGAGGCCCUGGAAAAGAAGACUGGAUUUGACCUUGAGAAGCUGCUGACAACGAAGAGGAAACGAGAUGAAGCACUGAAGCGUAAAGAAGAGAAAGAGAUAAAGAAAGCGAAAAAGCUGGCAAAGAACCAAAACCAGCUCAACAGGCGCCUGUUCAGUGGCAUAUUUGCUUUAAAGAAGUCAAAGAUUGAGGAGGGGGGAUUUCCUGCAGAGCUGAGCGGACAGAAUCAAGUGAAUCUCACAGACUUUAAACAAGCUGGGAUUUCUACAAUUGACCUUGGUACAGGUCAGGUAAACUGGGCUUACCAACAUGAUUUAGGCCCUGGUGAUAACAACCUCCCCCCGGUAACAUACCAUGGUGAUGAGGAUAAAGAGAGUUCAAGUGAAUCACGCACGCAUAGCAUCAUUUUGGACAUUUCAAAAACCAGCUUUGUGGACAUAAACACUGUGAACGUCUUGAAAAAGAUUUUCAGUGACUUUGGGGAGCUUGAUGUGGCCAUCUAUUUAUCAGGCUGCCAAGCUUGUGUUGUGAAACAGCUGGACACUGCAGGAUUCUUCUCGGAGCAAAUCCCAAAGAGCAGGCUGUUUGUCACUGUUCACGAUGCAGUGCUUUAUAUUCUCAAGACCCAGACGCAGAAAGACGUCAUUCUUGAUGUUCCCUGCUACACCCAAAUGUGAACAGCAGGGGUCAGACAGUUUCAGCUUUCACUGUCUUCCUCCUCUUCUAUGUCUUAUUACAUUGCUGGCUGUUACAUUGCUCACUGUCAUCAUUGACCAGGUGCUUGGAAAAAAUCAAAUGAUGUAUCUUUUUAAAUGCUUUGUAGCUGGUGCUUCAAGGUUACUGUGGAAAACUUGUAUAUCUAUUUUUAUCAGUAGUAACAUGUUGCAACUGUGUCCAGUCAUAUAAAAACUGAUACCGUAACAAGAAUCAAACUUUUUAUAAACUCUACAAGUCUGUCUUGUAAGGACU